AGUAAUGCCCUUUGGACUGACUAACGCGCCAGCGACAUUUCAGCGAUGUAUGAAUGAUUUGUUUAGGCCUUGGUUAGAUAGAUUUGUCGUAGUGUAUCUAGACGACAUUUUAGUUUUCAGUAGGACCCUCCAAGAACACCAGGGUCAUUUGAGGCAAGUCUUGGAGAAGCUGAGAGAAGCUAACUUCAAGAUCAAUGCGAAGAAGUGCGAGUGGGCCAAGACACAAGCCCUGUACUUGGUCCACGUGUUAGACGGAGAUGGGAUUAAGCCAGAGGACAGCAAGAUAGCGGCAAUUAGAGACUGGCCGACACCCUGCACAUUGAUAGAGUUGCGGUUGUUUCUGGGCCUAGCUAAUUACUACAGGAAGUUCGUGAGGAACUUCUCUACCAUCGUCGCUCCCUUGCGCAGGUUGCUCAAGAAAGAGGCAAUUUGGCAGUGGGAUAAAGACUGUACGUCUGCGCUAAAGAAGUUAAAGCGCGCCUUGAUAGAGUACCCUGUCCUCAAGGUAGCAGAUCCGUCCUUGCCAUUUGUCGUCACCACAGACGUGAGUCAGUAUGGCAUAGGCGCCGUGUUACAGCAAGACGACGGCAAUGGUUAUAAACCAGUAGAGUUCAUGUCAGCGAGGAUGCCCUCAGAGAAGGUUGCUACCUCGACGUACGAGAGAGAACUCUACGCUCUCAGGCAGGCUUUAGAGCGCUGGAAUCAUUAUCUGCUUGGGAGGCACUUCAAGGUGUAUUCAGACCAUGAGACGCUUAGAUGGUUGAAGACACAGGCCAAGAUGACACCUAAGUUGACUAGGUGGACCACUGAAAUAGACCAAUAUGACUUUGAGCUCAAGCUAGUGAAGGGCAAGUACAAUGUAGUUGCGGAUGCUCAAAGUAGGAGAUCAGACUACUUUGGAGCCAUAGUUCACUAUUUGGAUAUAGGGAGUGACCUGCAAGAGAAAGUUAGACAAGCAUAUGCGCAGGACCCUAUCUAUAGUGACGUCCUCAAGAGAGUCAAGGAGGCCCCAGAGAGUGAACCAGAUUACCGCACUACAGAGGGUUACUAUUUAAGAAGACUAACGUAGUAGACCGUCUACGUGUCCCCAACAGUGAGGAGAUCAGCAGUCUGAUCCUAGGGGAAUGCCAUGAUACAGA